AAAUAUACUUGAGACCUCUUUCACUAUUGUCCAAUCGGAAUGUUUCUCUCAAAUCGACUUCGGAAUGACAAAAACAAAAUGGAUGGGAAUAAAGACGAAAGCGAGCGAUGUAUAUCGCUUGCAAUUAAAUAUUCCAAGCUAGGAGACAGAGAAAAGGCCCUGAAAUUUUUAAACAAAGCUGAACGUUUAUUUCCUACCCAAAAAGCGAAAGAUUUAAUUGAAAGUUUAACUGAAAUAAAUGAUACAGCUGAAAAAGAAAAUCAAAGUGAACCAAAUAACCCUGAAGGUGUCCGUCAAAGAAAAGGCAGCCAAAGCAGGGUGAAAGAGGAAAAAAAUGAACCAGAAAAGAAAGAAAUAGAAUACACAAAAGAAAAUCUAGAAGCAGUCAAAAGAAUAAAAAAAGUAAAAUGUUACUACGAGAUCCUCAAUGUUGAAAAAGAUGCAACAGAGAAUGAUCUGAAGAAAGCCUACAGAAGGUUGGCUUUACAGAUGCAUCCUGACAAAAACAAGGCUCCAGGAGCCACAGAAGCUUUUAAAGCUAUUGGUAAAGCCUUUGCUGUCCUGAGUGAUGCAGAUAAAAGAAGGAAAUAUGAUGUACAUGGACCAGAGGAAGAAUCUAGUCAACAUAAUCAUCAACAAUAUUACGAAACUGAAGUAUCACCAGAAGAAUUAUUUAACAUGUUCUUUGGUGGUGGUUUUCCUACGAAUAAUGUAUACAGAACUCAUCGAGAUAAUGUAUACAGACAUCACAACCAUCACCACAACAGAAAUGCCUAUCAUUUCCAGAGACAGGAAAAUGUCAGUAAUGAUGCCAGUUAUACAUUGUUACUACAGCUUGCACCUAUAUUACUAUUAGUCUUUCUCUCAGUACUGAGUAGUUUCCUGGUCGGUGAACCUUUGUAUAGUUUACAACAGUCAGAUAAACAUCCAAUCAGUAGAAAAACAAGUAAUUUAAAUGUUCCAUAUUUCCUUAAAAAAGACUAUCAAAUGGAAAGUCGAGCAGAGUUACGGAGGAUAGAACGACAAGUAGAGGAAGAAUAUAUUUCAAAUUUACGUAACAGUUGUUGGAGAGAAAGGAGUUAUAAAGAAAAUAUGUUAUGGAAAGCCAGAAAUUAUGCAGAUGCUAGAUUAUAUGAUAAAGCUUCAAAAAUGGAGACACCUUCAUGUGACAGACUACAAGAGAUAUAUGCAUGAUUAUAAUUGGAUUAAUAGUUGUUUAAUUAUUAUGUGAUAUCAAUCUUUUAUUUAUAAUUUUUUUUUCUAAUUGUUUGUCAAAGCUUCUGUAGCUGAUUUAGAUUCAUUCAAACAUAAAUAAAAGUUAUAUUUAAGAAGCUUCUGCUUUCAUAUUUUAAAGGUACUAACACAUGCAAUUUCGUCUGCCAUUUAUAAAAACAUUUCUGAAAAUUUUUGCAUCAUAAUUAAAAAGUGAUUUUUUUCAUUGCAUCAGGUUAUUUGAAGCUAGACAUGCUAGAUUUUGAGUUAUUAAAAGCAAGUUAAGCCAAAUACCCAAAAGAGUAUAUAAGUCUAUUGUUAUAAUAAUAAGCAGUCAAAGUAAAUUGUAUGUCAUAAUUAACACAGAAAUAUUAUAAUCGUGCACUUGUUCCAAGUUUUUUUAAUUAUGGAAAUCCCUUUUGAAAUUUGUGUAUCCUCACUUAAAUAAAACAUUUUCCAACGGGCAGUAAAUUUGAAUAUGUUUGAACAUUCUUUCAAGUUUUUCAAAUUGUUCAUUCCUUGAUAUUUCUAUGCUCAAAGGUAUUACAAAAUGAAUGAUCUUUAAGUUGCAACUUAUUUAUAUGGUCUUUUGUUAGAAAAGUUACUUCAGAAACAAGAUUUUUUUUCUGUAGCUUAGUAAUUUUUGCGAUGUAAUUUGACAGUUUUGUUUUUAAUAUAAUUUGUUAAUUCUCAGAUAUUUAACGUAAAUGUAGUGCUGUUUUUGUUGAACAAAUGUGAUGAUGUAUGAUAUUGAGAAGUCAUUAUUUUGUUUUCUUCAUUUCUAUCUGUAUAUCCAUUUUCAUAAAGACAUCAAUCAUGUUUAUAUAUUGCAUAUGAUUUUUUGAAAUGAACUUAAAAGAAUGCAUUAAUAUUAUAAAUGUUAAUGUGAUUUGUAUUGUCUUUUGGUUAGAUUGUAAUCUGUACUUUAUAGCUGUUUGAUUUAUAACUGAAUUGUGUAGAAAAUACAUUGGGAUUAGUUCCUUAUCUUGUUUUCAUGUUGUGAAAAAUAUUGAGCUUAUGAUUUAUAGCAAAAACAAACAACUGUUCAUAUGAACAAAAAAGUAGGAUUUUGACUUUCAAGUUAUAGUCUGUUUUGAAAGAUGCAACUAUAUAGAUAAUACUAAGUUUUGAUUAAGAUGAAUUUCAAUUUUGCAAAAAUUUCAUGAUCAGAAAACAAUUUCAAAGCAUUUGUCCUAUUUGGUGUAGUUAGAGAUUAAAACUGUUACUAGGGAGAUUUUCUGGUAAAGUUACCAACGCGAUCGUUAAGAAGACACUUCAGGAAACUUAAUCUGCUUCAGAAAUUUCAUGAUAUUCAUGAGAAAAGUUUUAACACCAGACACAGUGUUCUUUUUCCUCAAAUGGUAUGUUUGAGUUUCAGGAAAGAAUUAUGUAUAUAUAUGUAACAUUGUAAAAUAUCCUAAUCAACUUCAAAGACUUGAAUUGGAAGUUGAAAUUUUGAUAUCUUAAUUGUAAUAUUGUAUUUAAACAGAAGGAAAUGUGUGUAUAUCAAUGAGACAGCAACCUAACAAAAAACCUACAGACAUCUUGUCAUUAUACAAGAAUGUAAAUAUAAACCUUGAGUAGACCUCACACUAACUUAUAAAGUAUUUAAUGUUGUAGCAGACUUUGAGAAAUAUUAGACUUUUAACUUGCAUAACUGCAGAUGGUCUGCAAAUGAAAGCAUUUUUCUGAAUUAGAAAUUCUUAUACAUAAGAAAAAGUUAACGUUUCAAAACAGUUUUAUAAAAUCACAAAUAAAUGUUAGAGAAUUAAUUUAUUAUUUAUGAGAAUGUAAAAUAGUAUAAUGUUGAAAAUAAAAAAACCAACAUUUUGUAUGAAUUACUUUCAAGGAAAAUGUUGUGUGGCUAUUGUGCUUAACUAAAUCAUUAUAAAUUUCUUCAUUUACAAAUAAACAGGUCUUAUUUAUAAAACAGGAGGAUAAAUAUGAUAAAUUAUUCCUUGAUUUCUGAUUCCAAGGAUUGUUGUGUAUUUUGUAAUUGUAUGUAUGUUGUGAAGAGUGUGUUUUUAUAUGACGUGUGUAGAUAUAAAUGUUUUAAAGCAUAAGAUGGAUGAAAUAGUGUGUGACAUAUUGUUAAAUUGUAUAUUUAUAUAUGUAUGCAUUCAGCAAUUUAUAGAAGUUUAUAGCAUGGGUCACUCACCAUUUUAUUUACCAAUUGUCUUGCAAGUUGUCACUUGUUUUUCACCUGUUUCAAAAAAUAUUAUAUAGGGAAUAUUUUUGGCUUUUCAAUAUGGCACCUGUAUCAACCUGAGGAAUUAUAUUGAGGGUUGAUGCAUUGUUAAAUACUGAAAAUAAUCUAUAUAUUAUACACUUUACUAUACACCUUCUUUUGAUAAAUUGAAGGAGAUGUAAAAUACUGUGGAUUUAUUCAUUUUCGUGGAUAUCAAUUUUCGAUGAUUGAGGAAAGCUUACAGAUACGUGGUUAUUUAAAUUUUAUGGUUUUGUCGAAAUGUCUGCAUACAAGCCAAGUUAAAAAAUUCAUUUGAGGAACAUUAAGUUUCUGAACCAACGAAAUCCACAAAAAUUGGUAUCCAAAAAUAAUAAUGAAUAUAAACAGUAAUAAAAAAUAGGUCUUUAAUAAAGUUGACAACCAUGACCGUUAUCAAUAUCAUCCGUGUGGCAGAUGCUAAAUCAUUCAUUGGCAAUACACAUGAAAUUUACUUAUUUUAUUAUUGACUUUUCAAGAAAACAAGACUUAAUUGAUUGCUGUAGUGCCAAGUCAAACCUAUUUAAGAUCAAUUUACUUGAAUAAAUUGUUUUACUGUAAAUUCAGAAAUUAUUUCGUGCAUUUAUUAUUGCAAUUUUGUCAGUUUAGACUUAAAUGGAAUUUUAUUUUUUUUACGAUUUUGAGACAAAUCCUGUUCAUUCAUAUAAAAUGUUUCAAAAUGCGAGUUUAAAUUAUUGCGUUUACAACUCUGUCACAUUUUUUCGCAAUAAUAAAAACCUUGCAAUAAUUUCUGAAUUUACAGUACAUGAGAAUAUUGAUUGCAAACCUCUUUGUCAUGCUUGAGUGACCUUUGCUAUAAUAUGUAUCAUAUGAUGUGUAAUAUUAUUACCUCACCUUUUAUGAUAAACAAAUAAACACAUCAUAUGAAUGUUACAUUGUUUUGUUGUAUUUAUGAUAUAUGUACAAUAACUUCUUAAAAUGAGGAGACAUAUAAUGUUGGCUCUGGGAGUCGUGUGUGUCCAGAAAAAAAAUAUCAUUACUUUGUCUUAGAUUUUCAUGGUGAUGAAAUAUAUGUGAUGAAAAAAUCUUCAAUUUUUUUUUUCGAGGAAGAUUCAAAUGUAUAAAUUUUCUUGUUGCAUAUUUAUAAACAGAUUUUUGUGUAUACUUCUGAAUACGGAAACUUAACAAUUUUAAAUAUAUUUAAACAAAAACAAUUUAUUCUCCAAAUUCUUCUGUAUUGAAGUUGUAAUGUGUUCAGCAGAUUUUGGAAAGUUUUUAUUCCUUUGAUAGCAACUGUAAAUAAACAAUCUCACCAUGU